AUGGUACAAGUGUUAUUCAACAACUCUAGUAAAAUAGAUUGGUACGAUAAGGUCAUCAUGGACGAACACGAACAAGGCGCUUCUAAGGCAGGCCCAACCAGACAGCAGUUAGUGGAUGAAGCUUUUGCCAAGUCGUACACCAAAAAAAACCCAGCAAAUGGUCAGAAAGACUCCGAUGAAUCCAAGGAUGAGCAUGCCGAUAUUGCAGACGGAGCCUCAAUCGUUGAGUUGGAAGACAAAGUAGAAGGCAUGAACCUCGCGGAGUCCGCCAAAGCGGAUUCAACAGGAAAAGUGGAUACUCCAUCAGGCGUUGAGGCAAGCGAUGAUACAAAAUGGAGUGAGGAGGAAAUUAAGGAAGCGUUUGAGAAGGCCGACAGCCUGAAGGUUGAGGGCAACAUUUUUUUCAAGAUGAAAGAGUACGACAGUGCUAUAAAUCUUUAUACAGAAUGCAUCGAAUCUUGCCCAGCCGGAGACAGUCGAGUUGCGGUGUACUUCUGCAACCGCGCUGCUUGUUAUCUUGCCCUUGAAGAGUAUAAUGAUGCUGUAGAUGACUGCACGGAAGCUCUUUCUCUUAAUAAGGAGUAUGUCAAGGCUUUAGUGCGGCGCGCACAGGGAUAUGAGAAGCAGGACAAGCUGGAAGAUGCGCUAGAAGACUUUAAAAAGGCGGUGGAACUUGAUCCUACCACGAGGGUUGCGGUUGAAGGUGGCAAGCGUCUAUCCCCGCUGGUAACUGAGCGGCAAGAAAAACUCAAGGAAGAGAUGAUGGGUAAAUUAAAAGACUUAGGAAACACUGUGCUGGGCAAAUUCGGCAUGAGCUUAGAUGCCUUCAAGAUGGUUCAGCAACCGGAUGGAUCCUAUUCGGUUGGUUAUAAUCCGUGAUGAGGCCUGCAUUGAAAAAGAAAAGUGCGCACUGCUAUAAAGAGUUGAUGCCGACCACUUCCCCAAAGUCCGCACCGCAUAUGCAGUUGAAAGCCGAGAGAUUCCAUUGGAUUAAUACCGCGGAUGUCCCAGGAACCAAUAGACCCUCGACCGAAGGAAAUCCUUUGAGAGGAGACGACGCACGUCCUGUGAACUCUUUCCUAAGAGUACUAGAUUUGGUAGAUAGCGAGCUACAUUCUCAUGGGAGUAUCUAUGAUAUGCAUGUACUCAGUAUCAGACGCCGACCUGAACCAAUUCUCAAACUUCAACCUGAUCCGCCAGUUGUGUUUAGUUGCGAACUUGGUGGAGGAGAAGGCCAAUCUUUGAUAGAUCAGGCUAAUUGAUCGUAAACCAAACAACGUUAGUGUGUGACAAACACCCUUCAGAUAUCGCCGGCUGAUACCUAACAUGUGUGCAGUAGUGGAGUACCAUGUCAAAUAAAGAGCUCUCUUAGCGUAGCAGUGCAGCCACC